AUGGCCACCGGCAGCACUCCCCUGCAAUCUUUCCUAGGAGGCAUCGGGCUCGCACUGCCCGUGCACACUCUCCUGAUGCUUAAUGGGAGUGUGUUUGGGAUAGCAGGUUUUCUUCACCGAGCCGUGAAGGGCGGCAUGGAGGAUGCUGCUUCGGUGCUAGGGUUGCUGCUCGGCGGCAUCGUUGUUGGGGCUAUCGAGGGCCCCGGGCCCCAGAUGUCGGAAGCAUCAUCAUCCACCAUGAUUGCCUCUGGGGUCUUAGUUGGAUUGGGUACCAAGUUGAGCAACGGCUGCACGUCUGGACAUAUGAUUUGUGGGCUGUCACGCUUAUCUCCUCGAUCCAUCGUAGCGACGGCUACCUUCUUCAUUACUGGAGUCCUCACUACCCACGUGUUGCAUAGCAGUAGACUCAUAGCAGCCGGACCCGCUGAUUAUACCCUAGGGGACCAUGGUACGACUUUUAUGAUCGGUUCAAGUGUCUCGAUGCUCAGCGCGUUGGUUGUGCAGUAUCUCCUGUCCCCUCCUGACUCAGUUGAUAUGCCAAAAAUUUACGACGAAACAUAUUCGCAUCGUCGUAUAGUGACCUCCUUUCUGACCGCCGUGUCCUUCUCGCUCGCCCUUCGCCUCUCGAACCUGACGUCCCCUCAACGCGUGCUUUCGUUCCUGAUUCUUCCCUUCAACUCCUCUUUUGAUCCAUCCCUUGCCUUUCUUGCAGUGGGUGCGCUCCCACUCGCUUCAGCCUUGUACCGCAAAUGGGGACGAGGUCUUUGUCCAAAGACCAGUGCGAAGGUCGACUGGCGCCUCGUGACCGGGGCUGCGGUGUUUGGUGUCGGUUGGGGGAUGGAGGGGAUCUGUCCUGGACCUGGGCUGGUCAACUUUGGGCGUGCUCUUGCGACGAGUUCUAACAUUCAGCCACUCGCAAUCUGGCUAGUAUCUGUGCUUGUUGGAGGGCUUUUA